ACCGACCACCGCUACAUACCCAAGAGACAAAGCUACAGCCAUGACCUCUAUCAAACAUCAACAGACCAACCGCCCAGCACUCAAGAAGACAAAGUCUCUGCAGAAAAUCAACCACUUCACAGACGUGCAGGGGCUGCCGUGCAUUGAGAAGAUUGUGACCUCGGUCGAGGAAACCCCUGAUCCCAUCAACACCGAUGUCAUAGGCAAAAUCCCAGAAUGGAUCAGCGGGAACUUCCUAAGAAAUGGGCCAGGGAAGUUUGAGAUCGGAAACCAUAGGUUCAACCACUGGUUUGACGGUAUGGCUCUCCUGCACCAGUUCAAAAUAUCUAACGGUCAGGUGACUUACAAAAGCCGCUUCCUGUCCAGUGACAGUUACCAAACCAACAUGGAGUACAACCGCGUCACUGUGAGUGAGUUUGGGACGAUUACAAUGCCGGACCCCUGUAAAAACUUCUUCCAACGCUUCCUGUCAAGAUUUGAGUUACCAAAGACCACAGAUAAUGCAAAUGUGAGCUUUGUGACCUACAAAGGUGAUUAUUAUGUCAGCACGGAAACCGAUACCAUGCACCGGGUGGAUCCUGAGACACUGCAGACAACCAAAAAGGUGAACUGGAACAAUUUCGUUGCUGUGAAUGGAGCCACCGCACACCCUCACACUGAGCCUGAUGGAACAACAUACAACAUGGGGAAUUCCUACUCCAUAAAAGGAGCACACUACAACAUCAUCCGGGUGCCUCCAACUAAGGGAGCAGAAGAUGAAACCUUGGAGGGAGCCACAGUGCUGUGCUCUAUUCCCUCAGUGGAAAAGAGUAAACCCUCUUACUACCACAGCUUCGCGAUGACUGAGAACUACGUGGUGUUCAUUGAGCAGCCCAUCAAGAUGAACCUGGUAACGAUUGUAACAGGCAAGCUGAGAGGAAAGAGCAUCAGUGAUGGCUUUUACUGGGACCCAUCUCUCAACACAAUAUUCCACCUGAUCGACAAGCAGACAGGGAAGGUCAGCGCCGUCAAGUAUCUUGCCAAGCCGUUGUCAACCUUCCACCAGAUCAACGCAUACGAGGAGGACGGCUUCUUGAUCAUCGAUAUGUGUGUUUCAGAUGAUGGACAGGCAAUCAGUAACUACAACAUCCAGAAUCUGCGAAAGUCUGGAGAAGCUCUUGAUGAGGUGUACAACACCUUAUGUAGAGCGUUCCCACGGCGUUUUGUGCUGCCUCUCAAUGUGAACCAUGAUACACCCUAUCACCAGAACUUGAACCGGCCCAACACCACAGCCACUUCUAUAAGAACUGCCAAGAAACAGGUGUUCUGUACCCAUGAGGACCUUCACGGGGACGAACUUCACCAAUAUGGUGGUCUGGAGUUCCCACAGAUCAACUACAGCAAGUACAACACUCACCCCUACCGCUACUUUUAUGGCUGCGGCUUCAGACACCUUGUAGGAGACUCACUAAUCAAGAUGGACCUCCAUGGAAAACACAUGAAGGUGUGGGAACAACCUGGUCUUUAUCCAUCUGAGCCAAUCUUCGUACCCACCCCUGACGCCACGGAGGAAGAUGACGGUGUCGUCUUGUCUGUUGUCGUCACCCCGAACAAGGAAAAAAGCACAUUCCUCCUGGUUUUGGAUGCCAGGACGUUUGAGGAGCUGGGCCGAGCUGUGGUGCCUGUCAACAUUCCCUAUGGUUUCCAUGGAGCAUUCAAUGCCACAGCAUAGACGCGUGAGGAGGAAAUACAUGAUAAAUACUCUUGAUGGCAGAUUGUAUACAAUGUAAAUAUUGUCCUUUGAUGCUUCGUUUAUAUCUUUGUACAUGCAAAUUUAGAGAUCUCUACACAAGUAUGGAUGCUGCUUCUUUGUUGUUGUCGAUAAAUGAAAAGCUAUAACUGCAAUUAUACGAAGCUGUUCUGUUGAUUUUGCAUUAUGUCACAUUCCGUUCACAUUUACCAUUUUGGCGACUUCCAAAAGAGGCACAACAGUAACACACCUUAUAGCAAGCACUGACUUCAAAGUCGGUUUAUUAAGACAAAGUGUAGGAGAUCAAGAAAAGAAGUGCAGUAAAAAUGUACAGUAUGUGCUGAUAAGACGUUAAGAGUAUCAAGAGAUUGAUAAGCUGAGCUCUGAUUGGGAACACAAGAACAAUCUGGGCUGAAGUUUUAUUGCAGACAAGCAGUGCUGCUCUAACAACAACUGUCUGAAACCUGCAGUGAUAAUGUAUGAUUAAUGUUUACAACAGUAAGAGUACACAGGAAUAUCACUAACACUUAUGUUAACUGCAGCCUUCACACUGCCCAUGGGCCCUAGGCCAUAGGUCUUAAA